AUGGCGGAGGAGACCCAACCCAAAGGCCGCUUCAUCUGCUUCGUCGGCAACCUCCCUUACACGGCCACGGCGGACUCCCUCACCGCCCACUUCGCCGCUCUCCAGCCCACCUCUGUCCGUCUCCUCACCGAGCGCGACGACCCCAAAAAGUCGCGCGGGAUCGCCUUUGUCGAGUUUGACCGCUUCGACAGGAUGAAGACGUGCCUGGAGAAGUUUCACCACACCGAGUUUGAGGGGAGGAAGAUUAAUGUUGAGUUGACUGCCGGCGGCGGAGGCAAAACCCCCCAACGCCUCGACAAGAUCAAGGAGAAGAACGCCAAGCUCAACGAGGAGCGCCGCAGCAGGAUGAAGAAGGUGGAGGUCGAAAAGGCCGAGAAGGAAAAGGCAAAGGCUGCUGGCGGUGCUGAGGAGAAGCCUGCUGAGGAGAAGCCUGCUGAGGAGGAGGACGACCAAGCUGGUAUCCACCCUUCCCGCCGGGCGCAGGUCGGGGUCGAGUUCAACGAAGAUGAGGAGGACAAUUUCGGGUAUAGCAAUGGUGGUGGUGGCAGGGGUAGGAGGGGUGGUGGUGGUAGAGGCGGUGGUGGUAGGGGGAGAGGUGGUGGUAGAGGUAGAGGUGGGAGAGGUGGCGGCGGUGGGAGGAAUCAAAAGAAGUGGUAG